CAAAGAGAAAAAAGGGUAAUACAUGCAUGGUCUAAGCCAGAAAAAAAAAAAAAAGCAACAAAAAAAGGGACAAGAUCACAUGAAGGUGGCCCUUCAAUAUAUAGCUCUCCUUCUGGACAUCGAUAUCUCGUAACACUGCGACCGACAUGCCACUUGCAUGAAGGGACUACGUACCUAGAUAAUAUCACUAUCAAUCUGAAUCUUAUCAUGUCUCACCUCAUGAGUAGUUCUGUGCUCCAUCUACCGAACUAAAGGGGACCAAAGCCCAAAUUAAACGUGCAUGCAACCCCUAGGGCUGUUUUCUUCUCCAACCAGCACAUGGUUUUCUCCCUGUCAAACCCAUAAGGGAUAAGUUCCAGUAAGGGAUAAGCACUAGUUGCCAUAUGAACUGCCUUCCUUUGCCUCUGUAUAUAACUCACCACCUUCCUUGCCUUGCAGUCUAACACAAUCAAAUCCUCUAAAAUCUAUUAUCCUACUUCUUGUGUCCCAGAGGCCAGGUUCCCACUAAGCCCUAUAACCAGCUAUGCUCAACACCAAGAAACUUGUGCGCAUGGUGCGAAGGUGGCAGAGGCUGGCUGCCUCGGGAAGGAGAAGGAUCACGCCGGCGGGAGCUGAUGGUGCUGCUGCAUCGGAGACGAGCAAUUCAUCGGUUGCGAGUAGAGGCCAUGUCUUCGUGUACACCGCCGACGGGAAGCGCUUCAUGGUCCCCCUCACGUAUCUAAACAGCAGCAUCUUUCGAGAGCUCUUCAGAAUGUCGGAAGAAGAGUUUGGAUUGCCAAGCAAUGGACCGAUCACAUUGCCUUGUGACGCUGCCAGCAUGGAGUAUAUCGUCUCCUUGCUUCAGAGCCGGGUUUCUACAGAUGUGGAGAGGGCUGUGGUUGCUUCCAUUGCUAAGAGCCGGUGCACAACAUCCUCUCUGCUUCCACGAGGAGACAACCAGCAGCAGCUGAUCCUCUAUGGCUUCUAGCGUCGUUCUGAAAGUCCCUUUUCCAAGCAUAAUUGUAAAUAUAAUUUUCAUUCAAUGAAAAAUAAUUUAACUUUCUAAAGCAGAGCUUUAGAAAAAUAUGCUAGACCUAAAAAUUUAUUACAACUACAAUAUCUGUGAACCAAAACGAUCUCAUUUUAUAAUAGAUAACAAAACUGUUCCAAUUACAAAAUAUUAAUUCCAA